GGUCAUUCAAGUCCAGACCAAGAAGCUCGAGGAUGCCAGAACAAUGAUCGAGAAGUUGCUCAAGGAGCUCAGGAAUGGCACAACCUUGGAUGAGGACUUGGUCUAUGCCAGGACCCAAUCGGGCACGGACCUGGAGUACUGGAACUGGCUGGAAUGGGCCAUCGAAGAGUGGUACCAAACCCACCAG